AGGAAUGGCCAUUGAGCAGGGAGUUGGAUCUGAAGAUGAAUCCCUGGCCAUCAAACCUGAUGGGAAGGUCCACAUUAGCUCCCUCUUCCCAGUUUUAUGUCUGCACAGAAAGCGGAAUGCAAAAGUCUUGAACCUGGAAAGGAAGCUGUAGGAAUGGAAGGCAUUAAGAAUUUAACACAGUUGGGACUCCCUCCUCUCUAUGAAUGACCACAACUCUUUUACAUCCUCCGUGCAAGAGAGUAUAAAGUUUAUGUAAGAUAAAAAUCAGUUAAGAAUCAGUUUUGGUGCUACAAGCCAAACAUCUGGUGCUAUAAGCUUGACAUUAAGUCUGCAUUCCAAAAUGAAAAUGUAGGGAUAUGUGUGUGUGUGCAUGUGUGUGUGUGUGGAUUGUCUGACUAUUGAUCCUUGGUGAGUGGCAGUGCAACCGCAACAGUUCCUGUGAACCAUUAAUUAUUACAAUAGUUUCUUCCCCAGCCUGAUCUUGCCAAAGCUCAUGUUGGCUGACAAUGGUAGAAGUUAUAAGCCCAAAUAUCAGGAUGUCAGAGAUGAGGAGGAAUGAUAUCCUUGCCUGUCAUGUCAGACGAUGUUGAGAAGAACGAGGCUCCUCCAGAGCCAGAGGCAAAGCAGGAUGAAGGGGAAAAGCAACAGCAAGAGCCAGAGCCGGAGCCAAAAGCUGAGCCGGAGCCAAAGCAGGAGCAGCAACCACAGCUGGAAUCCCCACCUUGUAGCCCCCCAGCACCAGAGGCCCCUCCAUCAUCCAUGCUGGUGACUGUCACCAUCGAAGAGGAGACUAUGGGGGGACCACAACUGAACGGGGAUCCCUUGGGGAUGAGGGCCGGCUCAGCUGAGGAAUUAGGAACCACCCCGGCCCCUCCUGGCAGCCCCCCGGCACGAUCCAAGUCGGCAUCGCUGAACGACCUGAAGCCCCAGAACAGCGUCAAUGGAGGCCCUCGGGCAGUUGUGAGGGGCAGUUUGUCUGGCUCUCAGGUGCAUCUUGCGGGCACAGCAGCAACUCCGCGGGCCAGUCUGAGUCGGCAGGCCUCAGCAACCGGAUCAGCAGCUGGGGAGGCUGGGGCGAAACCCAGAGACUACAUAUUCAUGGCUGCUCUGUCCUGUUUUUGCCCCAUCUGGCCGAUCAACAUUGUGGCCUUCGUGUACUCGGUCAUGUCCCGUAACAGCUUCCAGCAGGGAGACAUCGAUGGGGCUCGGCGCUUGGGGAGGGUAGCAAAGCUGCUGAGUAUCGUAGCCCUGGUCGGGGGCUUGCUCAUCAUUGUGGCCUCUUGUGCCAUCAAUUUUGGAGUGUUUCAGUGAAGGUAGCUGUUGGCUGCCACUGCACCCCUAGCCCCAAAAUUUCCAUCUUUGGAGCGUGGGACCAGUAUGACUACAGUGCACCCAUCCUUUCUCAUCUCACCUGUCCCCCUGCAUCCCAGAACCAUAUAAAGCAAGAGCACAAGGAUGGAAACAAUAGAAAGAAAGAGAGAGAGAGAGGGAGGAAGAGAAGACAAAGGAACACAAAUGAAAGAAAACAGAAGAAAAAACAGCUUGCGUUGUGGUUAAACAUUUCCUCUCUCACUGUAGGGAGUUCAAUUCCCUCAAAGAAACUGGAACCAACCGCCCCUUUCCAUCCGAUGGAGAAAGAAGGAAAAAGGAGGAGCAGGAUUCCCAUGUUCUCUCCCACAGUCUCUCUCUUUCUCUCUCGUUUUCUUUUCAUCCAUCCAGCCAUCUCUUCAACCAGUGACCUGUCUGCCCAUCUUCCAUCUACUGCCAAAUUUCAACAGCAAAUAAAACUCUUUCAAUCUUCCAUGUUUACAAUGUUCUCUGCUGGAGAAAAGCUCUUCCCCUCCCCGCCACAAUCCUAUGAAGAUAGUGGGGGAGCAUGUUUACACAUUUUUGCUGGGAACAAAGGAAAAGAACCAGCCUGGGAAAAGAGGAAAAUCUGAUCUCUUCUCUGUGGUGUUUACAAAAGACAAUGGACAGGGCUAAGAAGGAGUGGGCUGAGAGCCAUGAAUUGGUUUAGAAACUGGCAAUGAUGGAACAACUUAGAGCAACUUACCAUGACUCCAAAUAUGUGGUAUCCAGGUGGAGGUGAAGCAUAACUCAAAUAGGUGUGGUUGCACACCCAUAAAACAUCCAGAAAGGCUUGUAUAACCAAACAUACCAUCCCGCCAAUCAAGCGGAAAAGAAAUGAGAAUGGAGUGGGUGAAAUUAGCUGAAGGAAUGAAUUAAAUCAACAGAGAGUCAACAGCUUGAAUCACAAGAAGGUAAGAAAAGUAUGGUGGAAACGGGUGUGAAAGUGAAGAUAGGGAAAAAAGGUGGGGAGGGGGAAACUACACCGAGGCUUCAUGCAAAAGAAGGAGGUGAUUGGCAGAAUGAGUUCUACGGAGGAAAAUGUUACAGAUCCAACAAACCAGAAUGAAAUGACAGCAAAAGAAGUUGGAAGAAUGGCAACAGAGCUACUAGGAGGACAUGAAAUACCUGUUUUGGGAAUCCUAAAGAAGAAAGUGAGAUUGCAAUGCUUAAAAUGAGAAUGUUGGAAUGAAUGAAAGAAAGAAAGGUUGUAGUAGAAAUAAGGAGGGAGGGGAGUGUUAGCCAACAUCCCAUUCCAAAGUUGAAAGCGUUAAACAGACAAAGACCAACAUAUUUUCCCUUUUUAAAGGACCAUCUGCAGGCAGAAAAACAGGAUUGCAAAGCAUGAAUGUGUGCAGCGUCUUUUGAUUGGUGGAUUGAUGUAUUCGACUCAGUGACGGGCUAUGGGAAGUGAUGAAUCUUGGCCAAACACUAUUGAGAAAAACCCAAAGUAUUUAGCAAAUAUGAGACAGCUAGGGCAGGAACGUGGCAGGAAUUCAGAGUGGCCAUAGGGUGAGUUGGGGAACGUGCCAAGAAAUUGUGGGGAAAGAUAGUUCCAAGAUAUUAUGCUACCUGAAACAAAUGAUAAAAUAUAUCUUUAUGUGCAAAGACAGAUUUAAGUAUCCCAUUGUACUCGAGGAAGGAAGAGUAACUUAAAGAGGAUAGGACAGGGUGCACAGCAUUCAUGGUUUGGCUUUCUAGCAUAGUUUACAAUACACAGUGACUGUUACUUCCUUAAACCCUUGUGAAGCAUCUGCCAUCAAAAGGUAAUUGUAUUAUAAAUGUUAAAUCUUCACUGUAAGGGUUGCUAACAGGAUACCUUUCACAUAUCUAAGUCCAGAUCCACCACAAUUCCCACCCAGAGGCCAUGUCCACACUGGUUGAGCAUUAUGGGAGUUGUGGUCAAAAAUAUCUGGAAGAGUCCCGUUGAGGAAACUGAAGUUCAACAUGUCUUCCUGUUCAAUCCUCUCCUUUGGAUCAGAUAAGAGAUUGUGAAUUUCUUUCCUCAGUUGUUUUGAAAGGCAGAAAAGGCAGGGAGAGCAGGCACACAAUCUCCCUCACACACAACAGAGGAGUAACUGUACCGUAUCUCUCCAACCUCACUGCAAAGAAUGAAAACCCUCAGUAUUGUGAGGAUCAGAACUUAAACAGGAAGGUGUGUGAGAACAAGAAGGUGUGUGAGAACCAUGCAGUGAAGCAUGAGUGUGUACAAAGUACCUGCAGGAGUGACAAUGUAAUAGAGAGGAAUAUAUGCUUUCACUCUGUAUAUAUUACACUAUUAAUUCUUUGUUGGACAAAGGAAGCUUAUAAUUCUAAUCUGCAGUCAGAACUGUGCUAUUAAAAACAAAACAGGGCACCCCUGUCAUUAGGAAUGUAUAGAUCCUAGUCAACAUUAUCCACGAUGUAAGAGUCAAGUCAAGAAGAAAUGGGAUAAAACCAUCUAGUUACCAACAAGCAAAGAAACAAGACAUUCUCUAAGGUGGAGUGGGGAGGAAAAAACCCAGGACUGAUGGAAGUUUGCAUGAGAUUCAGUUUAGAAACCAGAACAGGGGAACAUCACUAUCCCCAGAUUAGGAAAAGAAACUGGGGUGAUACAGACCUCUCUUUGGAUAGAGAAAAGAUCACACCAAGCCAGAGAGGGAAGCACAUCUGCCCAGUGGACUCACCAGAUGUGACACAGCUGCAGAGGGAGAGAAGGGUUGAAUGAAGAUGCUUCGUUGAGAAAUGUAUUCUUCAGCGGCCAUAUGCUCCAUGCAAGCCAGAAAGAAAGACAUAUUGAAAAGGUUUAGAUAGAAAACCACAUAUGUGAUUGGACAGAAUCUACUUGGGGGCGGGAUGGGGAUGGCAGGGGGAGAGAACAGGGAGAGGGAAGGACACCAGCAAAGAAGUUGUGUGUAGCAGACGCUAAAUUUACACCCAGCACAAUGUGACUUUUAUUUCUUUUUUUCUUUUUGGCUUUGGUUUUCCUGCAGACUGUUACACAAAGGGGAUGGGUUGGGUUGGGUGGAGACACCGGCAGCCUCAUGGCAGCCUCCUUUACAAUUUAUUCUUGGGAGAGAGCAUGGGGCAUUAUAGGAGGGUCUGAAACUCCUUCCACUAUUAAUCCCAUCUGCAUGAGCCUCUGGCCCUGUGCCAACCAUCCUGACCAAUUAAAACAAGUAAAACCGAAAUGGCCCAUUUCUCGAUGGAUGCAUGAUGCAGCUGGAAGGACAGUUUUGGUAGAAGGAGCCUUCUCGGCCCUGGGGACCAUUAAUCUCUAGGAGACAGAAGGAGAUGGCUGGCAGGGUGGGGCCCAGGGUUGUUGUAUUUUGAUGUUGAAAUGCAAGUAUUCUGUCUGCAUGUUUUUAUAUGCUUAUAUUUGGGGCAGGGAGGGAAAUCAGGAACUUGGAAGGGGAGAGAGAAAGAGAGAGAGAGAGAGAUGUUAGGGCAGUGAAUUUCUCAAGCCUGACAACUUUAAGACAUGUGGACUUCAACUUCCAGAAUUCUGGGAGUUGAAGUCCACAUAUCCUAAAGUUGCCAGGCUUGAGAACCACUGUGUGAGGGAGUGAGAUUUAAGACAAGAUCAUAGCAUUCAAACAUGGAUCGAUUUGGGGAACCAGCAAUUGAUGGAGCUGGUAGGUGAUUAGGAGUCACUCAGAAUGGAAACAGGUUUAUCUGAUGGAGAUGGGGGCUGUGGGUACCAGUAAUGAUGAUGAUGGGUAGGGAAAGGACUGGAUGUGUUCAAGAAAUUUAGAUUUCACACAGACAUGGAUCUAAAUUUCAUAGAUACAGGACAGAUUUGAGUUCAGAAUAGACCAACCUCAACGGAAGAAUCUGAGAACCAACAACUGUCAGUAAACUGGGUUUUGCUGAGCCAAAUCCUGUCAACUAAAGAGAAGUUAUUUCAACUUCUGGUUGCCAAGAAGGGGAAUGGAAUAACCAAUUCCUCAUUUGGAGCAGAAAGUCAGUCCUCAGAUCCUAGAUCUCUUACUCAAUGUGACUUGCUAGUUGACUUAAAUCUUAAAUGUAAUCUUAAAUCUGAAGAUGUGAGGCCAAAAUACUAUUCAAAGGACAACACAUCCAGGUCAUGGUUGUCCCAAAGGUCCUCCUCUUUUUUCAGAAGGCAACUGGACUUUCUGGUUUUUCUUUGAAGACGUUUCAGUACUCAUCCAAGAAGCUUCUUCAGCUCUGACUGGAUUUCUCAUUCACCACCAUCCAGUCAGAGCUGUAGAAACUUCUUGGAUGAGAAGCGAAACCAGUGAUGGUAUUCAGCCGGUUCUAUCCGGUUCUGGCAAACCGGCAGUGGCAGUUGCGGGAGGCUCUGUUCAACACCCCCUGGAUGUCAUCACGUCCCGUUUUUGAUGCUCUGCGCAUGUGCAAAAGAUCCAGCGCAUGCACAGGUGUCACGAGCGAAUGAAGCAAGCAUGCACACGUGCACGCUCACAUCUGCAAACUGGUAGUGAAGUUAAGUCAAUACUACCCAUCAGUGAAACGUCUCCAAAGAAAAACCAGAAUGCCCAGUUGCCUCUUGAAAAAAAGCACCUUUGAGACAAGGGCGACUUUGGUUGCUAACUACCUGUCCUCCCAUCUCUCUGUUAAAAGAAAAGUGGCCCUUGAUCUUAUCCAUUUAAACAGCUACAAGGACAGUCUUGGUAGAGAGAAAAUGUGGAUUACUGUUACAAGUAGAAUUUGGGGUAAGAGUUAAAGAGCUGCUUAGAGUACCAUGGGAAAAGAUGGAAGAAAAAUAGGACCUAGACUGAAGGAAAGGCUAGUUUUUCAGGGGUUUUAUGUUUACACAUAUAAGUUAUUGAAUGAAAAUCACAUAACCUAUAUCUUUGACAUGCUGCUUGAUAGAUGUUUUCAUAUUGGGGUGGGCAACGUUUUGGAUGCUAACUGAUAAAACUUUGCUUUAAUAUACUAUUUGGGGAGGAAAAUUAGGUUUUUUUUUAUGGGGAAAGAACAGGGGAGACUUUAUUUUUUAUUCCUUCCACCUCCCCUCCCCCACCAAAGUGUAAGAUGUAAAUUAAUUUCCUGCUUUGUAGAGUAUUCAUUGUGCUUCUGAUGGUGCAAGUUGAGGGGCCAAAGCAGAAUACCUUAUCCAUUUCGUCCUCUUUCUUCCUGGGUAUAUGUGGAUAAUGAGUUUCCUGUCUAUGAGAAUCAAAUCGUGCCAUUAUUAUAAAACACAACCCAGUAUUUAAAUCCAGUCUUCCCAAACUGGUAUCUCCAUAGAGGUGCUCAACUACACGUCUCAUCAAUCCAAGACAAGAGACUUGAGAAUUGAAUGCCCAACACAUUUGGAUGUCAUCAAGUUAGAGAAAGCUGAGUUCUAAGCUGCUCAUCAAAUAUAGUUAUGAGCUAAAACCUGACCAAUAGGUUUAAUUAUAAUUUUGUAAAAGAUGAUGCUGUUUAUUUCCUUACAUAUCCCAUUUGGUUCUUUUUGACAUGAUUUGUUCUCGUCAAUUAAAAGGAUUCUAAUCAAAACAGGGAAGGGAUAGAUUGGUCUUGAAUCUGGGGUCAAUCAACCCUCUUGGUUAGAUUCAGAAUUCUGUUCCUUUUGCGGGUUGGGUGGGCUCACAAAAUAUUAUAAAUCUUAGUACCACUUUGUAUAAAGGUAGUGGGUGGGUGGGAGACUGGACAUGAUCAAAUUAUAAACUGCUACAGACUUUUUUGUAUCAAUGCAUGAAUCGAGUAAAUAAACUCAGAUGCAUGAA